GACUGAGCUAAGGGUCAAGAGAAGUGAGUUUUUUCGCUUUGUCAAAUGUUUUUUUCAUAAAAUUCAUUUUCUAAUUCAAAAUAAUGUUUCUACUUUUCGUCUUUAAAAAGUAAAGAGCAGAUUUUGGGGGAUUCUGAAGUCGUUUUGCGCAAUUUUCUUUCGGUUUAAGCUUAUAUAUUGUGACAUAUUUGAAAACAACAUGGCGAGUGCUUCACAAAUAACCUCAACUCCAGAUGAAAAGGAAGGUCAAAAUGAAGAUAGAAGACAAACUAAUGGUAAUGUAGAAACUGAAKAUGUUACAAAUGACAUGCAAGAAGRGGACUCGUUAGAAACAAAUAGAAACGAGAAGAAAAAUCUUACAYUGGAAAGUGGCCAGCAUGUCGAGGUCUUGAAUGGCGAAAACGAAGACGUAAAAGACGAAAAAGAGCCUUCUUUGCAUGGAAGACUCAAUGGAAAUGCACAGGAUGUGAACCUGACACAUGGAAAAGUCGAAGAAAAUGGCGUCGAAGUAGACAAAGAUCGCGUCAAUGAGUGUGCGACUGACAACAACAAAAAAGAGAAUYACAAGAUAGUCGAACCAACCAAGCAACUGGCUGAGCCUGCAUCUGAAAAUGAACUUAAAAAUCACGAGUCGCCAGCAGAAGAUACUGAUAACACAACAACAACAACAACAAUAGAUAAUAUUGAAAUACAAGAGAACYCUGCACCCCCCAGAUCACAACCCAUACAUCGACAUAGCCCUAAUAGUGGAAGCCCAGAAAGAAAAAAUCAUACAGGGGGGUGCCACAAAUUCCUAGAUGAAGAAUCAAGAGCGGAAUACAUGAAAAUCAAGUCUGAAGUCACUGGUGAGGCAGAAACAUCAGAAAGUGAAGAUGAAGACGAAUUGUUAACAAGUGAGCAUACCCACCCUGGAAGCCACAGUUCUCCCGACUCAAAAACAAAAGCUGAAUAUAGAAAGAUAAAAUAUGAAGUAACRGGUGAAGCACUCACGUCAGAAAGUGAAGAUGAGAAUCCUGUUGAAGAAGAGAAAGAAGAGAKAGAAAAGGAAUCARCUGACGAAUGGAUGGAUAUUUUUGGCAAUGGGUUGCUGAAACGAAAGAUACUACGUGAGGGUAAAGGUCGCGACACAAGACCAGACAGAGGGCAGAUAGUWAUGAUACGUACUGCAGGACGAUUAAGUGAUGGGACACCCGUGGAUUGGAAUCAGUGUUUGGAYUUUAUUCUUGGUGAAGGAGAGGUUAUCCAAGCCUGGGAUGUUGGUGUUGCCCUUAUUGAACUAAGUGAGGUCUGUGAGUUAGUYACAGAUGCUCGAUAUGCUUAUGGAGAACAAGGAAGGAGCGGCGACAAUCCUGUCCCACCCAAUGCCAAGAUCACCUAUGAGAUUGAACUGCUAGCAGUAAGAGAUGGCCCUGACAUGGACACAAUGAGUGAUGAAGACAGAAUCAAGAUUGGAGAUAAAAAGAAGGASCUUGGCAAUGAUUUGUUUUCAAGAGGAGACUAUGCAGCGGCAAUCAACUGUUAUCAAAGGAGACAAAGGGGUGCACGCCACACAUUCAAAAGGAUCAAGGCAUAUUCAGCAGCUCUUUCAUCAUGUCAGCAAGUACUAUCAAUUGAACCUGAUAAUGUAAAGGCAUUGUUUAGAAAGGGAAAGGUACUGGCAGCUCAAGGGGAGUUAAAGGAAGCCAUAUCUCACAUCAAGAAAGCAAGUCAGAAUGAGCCUGGAAAUAAAACUAUCCGCACUGAACUCACCAACCUUAAAAAACAGCUGACCUCACAGACUCAACAAGAGAGAAACAUGUAUGAAAAGAUGGUUGGAGGACUGAUAGAAGAGGAUAAAAACACAUCAAAAAGCUCAAUGUUGCCAUGGUCAUUAGUAUUUGGUGCCGCAGUUGUUGUGUUGGGUGGCAUUGUAGCAGCGCUGUAUGUUAGUAAGCACUAGGUAGCUUUUACAGUUACACUUUGGCUUCUCUACACUUUGUCACUUUGAAGAUGCAAUGCUGUUUAUAAAGACUGCUAUGGCCUUAUUUCUAAACAAUAGGGCUUGGUGAUGCAACAAUGAUUUUGAAGUUGUAAUUAGAAAAUUGAAUUGAAAUAUCUGAUUUGAAAUCUGGAUUUGUUGCAUCUUUUGUUGUCAUUUAAAUGAUAAUUUAUUCAUUACAAUGAGAUGAUCUAUUACCUUCUAAAACUGACAUGUGACAAAUAUAAUUUUACUAAUUUAUUAAAAAAAAUUUCAAGAUUGUAGAAAUGUGUAAGACACAUUUUGUUGCUUUAUAUAAGUACUGUAUUUGAAUAAUAGUGCCUACCAAAAACUAUCGAGCUGUUUUCCACCUUGUCAGAUCCCAAAAGUGCAAAAGUUCUGGUCAUAAUACAGAAGAUUUCACAGUAUUGUUACCUGUUUUGGUAUAAAAAGAUAUUAAAAAGAUCUUUGAACACCA